GAGAUAUCAUCUCAAAUCUUAACUUCUGACAUUCAUGCAGCCGGGAUUUUAGGAGUACUAGGAUUUUUUCGGAUGCUCUAAAAUUAAAAUCAAGCAGCAUGACAACUGCCAUCAUCCCGGUUCUUGCUGCCAUGUACUUGGGCAGCACAUUCAACCUUGUCAAGUACCAGAAAGGUAACGCUGAUGUGUACGAUCAGAAAACUUUGGAAGGUAACCUACAGGUUAUCGACCGUAGUUUCACGAGGUCACAGUACAAAUUAGUUGAAACUUCUACCCAAGCAAGAGAGUUUCUGGACGUCAGUGGCGCAUUGUCAUUGCGCAUUAAGAAAGGUGACAUUGUGGUGGACGGAACAGGUGCCUAUCUGAAAGAUACAGCCAAUCGGCAGAAAUUCGUGGAAUUGCUCGUCAGAGUUCAGCACGAAACAGUAACAGAAACAAUACCCUCACACCUCAAACCCAAAACUGACUGGAUGUCGAUGCCUCCGGAAUCUGUUGGCACUCAUUACGUCCGAAGUAUCACUUACGGAGGAGAGCUCAUCGCAUCGCUGAAAUUGAAAGCCAACAAUAGAGAAGAGAGAGAAAUUAUUAAAGCAGCUGUCAGUGCUAACCUUCAGCUGACUGGAACAUUCGAUUUGAAUGCAAAUGGUAGUUUCGACAAGCUGAGGAAAGAUCUGGCUGGCAUGUACAACGAAGACAUUUCCGUCAUGGCCACAAAGAGUCCGUCGAGUCCUCCGCAGACGGUUGAAGCGCUCAUGAAACUGGUGGCUGAUUAUCCCAAAGAGAUCAGUACAAUCAACGGAGGAAAAGGAACAGCUUUGAAAGCUGAACUCUAUCCUUUGUCUUCGCUGAAAGCCGAUUUUCCCAAUUACUUGCCUAACAGGGCAGUGAACUCGCUUCUGAAUGACGUUGAGACGAAGUAUGACGAUAUAAGGACGGUCAUGCGUGAAAUAUAUACUUGGAAUUCCAAAAGACCGUUUGCAAGUGACGAAGAUGAAGAAAAAAUCAACUAUAUGUACGACUGCCUGACAAGAGCCCAAAAUGCUUUCAACUUAGCGAUCGGCGAUCUAGAUGUGUCAAUCAAUGGUAAGGUAGAUCAAUUUAAAGAAGCUUUUGAAGCAUAUGGCAUAGGACGAAACAACACGCCCAACCGAUUCCAGAGAUGGUUCUGGAAGCUCAGGCAUGAAGUUACAAAAGAGCCGAUAGUAUGGGAAAAACCAGACGGCAGUGGGGAUGUGUACAUCCACUGGGGUUCAAGCACCUGCCCUUCUUCAGGAGUGGAGCUGCUUUAUUCUGGCAAGGCUGCUGGUACUCUGUUUAAAUCCUGGGCAGGUGGACGCAAUUUGGAAUGCAUGAAACUAGAAGACCCGAAACUUUCCAAAGCUAUUAGUCCUCAACCCAAACCAGCAAGACUGGACGCCGUCGAGUACAGGACACUGGCCGAACCGGACAAAUCCCGCCCUAUACCCUGCGCGGCUUGCAUGGUCCCAGAAACAGUUGCAGUUAAGACCCUCUAUGCAAAAAAGUCCUGCCCCAAGAACUGGAAGAUAGAGUACUCAGGUCUUACCAUGGCUGAUAGCGGUUCCAACGUGGACGGCGACUUCAUUUGCUUGAAUAAGAAGGUUUUCCAACUUCCCGCAGAAAGUGAAGCUGGUGCCCACAAUGCGAGGUUGAAUCCAGUUUGGAUGAGCUGCGAGAAAUGCGAUGAAGAGAAGAUUGUGCCUUGCGUUGUGUGCAGCUAUGAAAACAAAGCUGAAAUGUUUUAAGGUUGUUGGAAUACAAAUAUUUAAUAAAAAGAUAUGAAAUUCUU